CAACAAAUUAUGUGUGUUUAUCCUUAGGUACAAUUUAUUGCUUUUUUUUCUUUUUUUCGUCGAAUUUAUAUCAUUAUUAAAGACUUGUUGGUCAACUUGUCUCUAAAAUACAAAAUAAAAUAAAACAAAAACAUUAUUCAUAUCAAUUUUGUUUUUUUAUUAGAGCAAAAAUCUUUAUUGUCUUGUUUAUGCAUAUUCAAUUUAAUUGACUAAAAUCAAAAGAAAUUUAUUCUUAAUAAAAAAUAUUUGUCAUUUUGUUUAGUUUUUUUUUUUUUGUCAAUCAACAAUUGUUCAGAUUCCUAUGAGAAAAUAAUAACAUAUGUCCUUUUAUAGAUUACUUCAUUUGUGCAUAGAGAUAUAAAGCAAUGCAGCGAUCAAGAGUUUAGAUUUUUCGAUGAUUAUCUUACGACGGAACAUUCCCAAGUGUCACAUCUCUUUUAUGUCGAGCAUACGCGCACUAUGUAGAUCCUAACGAUCUAUGAAUUAUCUAAAAAAAGUUCGUGCCGCUAGCCUCUUGCUGCUGAGAUACUGCAUUUUUACUGUAUGAUUAAGAAAAAAGAGCUGUGGUCCCCCUCAGGGACACUUGAAAAACUGAAUUUCGAAUUUCGACUUCAAACUUUGCAUAGAUAUAAGUCACAAUGAAAAUAGUUUAUUGUGAUAGUUUCAGCUCUUUUCAUUGUUUCUAUCCUAAAAUACAGUUAUCUUAAAAUUGCUUCUAUGCACCGACAGAUCCGAUGUUCUUAUCUCAGACUAGGAGCAACCAAAAGAUCUAAAAUCUUCACAAUAAACUAUUCUCACUGAGGCCUAUUUAUAUGCAAAGUUUCAGGCGGAAACUCAAAACUCACUUUUCCUGAUAUUCCUGAGGGGGACCACGGCUUUUUCCAAAAUAUAUAGUAAACAUGUUGUAUCUCAGCAGCAAGAGGCUAGCGGCACGAACUCUUUUCAGAGAAUUCAUAGCUCAUUAGGGCCUACAUAAUGCCCAUACUCUCGACUCAAAAGCGAUGCGACACUUGGGAAUGUUCCCUCGUUAGUAAAAAUAUACAAAUCGAAUAAUUCAUUGUAUGAUGAAAGAUUAAAGUUCUGAAACGAAAAAUUUCGUAUAUGAAAAAAGUCAAAUUAAUAGUGAGAAUUCACUCGAAUAUAAUGAUUGUAUCGUUUUAUACGCUCCGUGUAGUUAUAAUAAAUGCAUGCUAGUUCAUUGAAUAGAAGAUUAUUAGUCUUACUAUUAAAUUGAUACUCUUAUUUAUGUAAGAAGCCUUCGAAACUACAUCAAUCAAAUAUUGAUUAUAUUUUAUUUUAUUUUUCAUAUAUUUUCUUUUUGUGUUUUUCUAUCUCGUAAAUUAGACAACGCUAUUGUUAACAAUGGAGUUCAAGAGACAAAAAAUUUUUAAGAUCGGCUAUACUUUUGUGGCGAUUGGUAUAGAGAAAAGAAUAUUUUAUCUGUAUUUCAAUCAUUGUUAAAUAUUCGAUUGAUAAAAUGUGUAUUUAUAAUAUCUCAUAAAUAAUAUAGAUUUGAUAUGGUCUCUCAUACUGAUUAUGUCGAUCAUAACAAUCAUUAUUUUCAUGGUAGCCUUAACUAUUCGAACGAGAUAUUCAAAUUUAUUUUAAAAUAACAUAGUCAACAGAAGUAACAGAGUAAACAAUAUCUAUACAUACUAACUAUCAUCAAUGAUUCUUCCUUCUACUUCACAUCGUAUUGCAAGAGAAAUAAUUGAGAUUAUACAGAAAAAUUGAGUCUGGAUCCAAAAACUUCGAUUCCAACGGGCUACAUAGAUAGAACGAAGGGGCACAAGUGUACUCCCACACUUUACAGUACCUCUCCGUAAGGGAAAAAAGUGGAUCCAAAGAUCUGAUUUUUCUUCUUGCUACUCGGUACUUCAGAAGUACAUUUGUUUCUCAUUGAUGAGGGGUCAAAAAAAAAGCGAUUUUUUCUUUGACAUUCAUUCUGACUGACUCUAAAUCAAAACAAAAACAAACACGUUCAGAAAAGCAAGCUCGAAAAGCGUUGGCAAAACUUGGUUUACGUCCAGUUGAGAAAAUUUUUCGUGUUACAAAUCGAAAAUCUAAGAAUAUGUUAUUUGUUAUACAAAAUCCCGAUUCCAUCAUCAGAUACUUUUAUCGUUUUUCGUGAAGCUAAAAUUGAAGAUCUUUCACAAAGAGCACAAAUUGCGGCUGCUAAUCAAUUUAAAAAUCUUGGACCAAAUCAAACUACAACUAAUCAAACAACAAAUAAUGAAGAACAACAAGAAAAUAUAUUCUAUUUUAUGGAGAUUUUUCGUUUAGUUUUCAUCGGUUAA